AUCCUGGUUUUAAGCCUUAUGGCAAUCGCAUGUCUGGCGGAUGUUUCCCAUGUGAAACACCACAAGCACCAGCGCCAUCAUCACUCCAGGGAUCACGAAGAUGACGACGAGGAAUCCCACUAUCAGCAUUCCCACGAGGAAAAGGAGGCGGAGCAACCUUUCUACAAGAAGGAGAAGCACACCACUGAAAAGGUGGUUUACCACAAGGAGGAGGAACACGAGGAGCCCAAAUACUACAAGGAGCACACGGAGCAUCACCAUGAGGAGCCCAAGAAGCAGCGAGUGGAUCACUACCAUCACUAUGACAAGAAGCCCGAAGUGAAGACCCAGCACAUCCACUACAAGCAUAGCAAGCCCCAUAUCCGUACGGAUCACAAUCAGGACUUGUUCACCCCAGCUGCUACCCAAGUGGUUCACCGCCGCCGUCGUCCUAGUCGAAUUCUAUACGCCAGUGCCCCCAACUCGGUGUUCCACACCCACACCCAGAUCAACGUGCAGUCUCAGGACUCGGAAUUGAAUUCCCUUACCCGCCCAGAUCCCGCACCUGGAGCACAGGAUCCUGCUGCCGCUCAAGCACCGACUGGAGCUCAGGCACCAGGUUUCCGACCCAACUGCCAGUUUAUUGGACCUGGAAACGUACCACCUGGCUGUGGACCCUCUGAUCCCAUAGGUGCUCAGCUACCAGCCAGCGCUCUGGCACCCACUGGCGGCAAUCUUCCGGCCAAUCAACCCGUUCCCGGCGGUCAAUUGGCUGUUCUGGGCAAUGGCCAGCGACCGCCACGUCCAGGUGGCUAUGGAGGUGGUUAUGGCAACCGACUGAACUUUCUCGUAGAUCCUUCGCUUGGCGCUCAGCUAGGAGCUAUAGGAAAUGCUGCUGGAAAUCAACAGGCUGCCGGAGGAGCUCAGCUGGGACUUGCGGGAGGAGCUCAACUUGGAGCGAGCCAAGGAUUCGACCCCUCUUUCGGUGCCCAAGCAGCUGCCGGAGCUCCAUUUAACCCUGGUUUCGGAGCUGGUCAAGCGCAAAGACCUGCGCAAAACCAAUAUGGUCCCAACCUACAGCUAGGUCGUCCUUUUGAUCCCUCCUUGGGUGCUCAACUGGGCGCAGGACAGGGUGUUUCUAACCAAAGACCAAGUGGACAAGGAGCAUUUGAUCCCUCUAUAGGUGCUCAAUUGGGCGCUGGCCAGGGUGUUUCUAACCAGAGACCAAGUGGUCAGGGAGCAUUUGAUCCUUCUGCAGGUGCUCAACUUGGAGCUGGACAGAGUGUUCCUAACCGCAGACCCAAUACACAAGCCGCCUUUGAUCCCGCUUUGGGCGCUCAACUUGGAGCUGGCCAGGGCGCUCCUAAUCAGCGACCCAGUCCAGCUGGACAGGGAGCAUUCGAUCCCAAUCAGGGACAGUUCGACCCCUCCAUUGGAGCCCAAUUGGCGGCGGGACAAGUUCCACGCCUCAACAACCGACGUCAGCCCAAUCGAUCCAACUACCAGGGCCUCAAUGUCCUGAAUGGCAACGUUUUCGGACAACCCCAUCUCCAGGGACCCACCAAUGCGCUGGGAAAUCAGCAGGACACCAACAUCAUAGAUGGCAACUUCUACAGCGAUCCCCAUCAUGGACACCAGCGCGCCUUGGUAUCAGUUACUCCCAAUCAGCGUUCAGUCCUGAUUCCCGACGACGAUGAUGCCGAUGAUGAUGGGCAGCUAGAUUUUCUGGGCUUUGCGGCCAGUCAGAAGAGACCCACCUAUAUCGCUCCCAAAAAACUGCGAUCUCAUAGGAGCCCUUUAAAGCAACGCAAUGUGGAUCUUAAGACAUCUGCUUCGGAGUAUGACACUGAUUAUCGUGAGGACGGCUAUCACUACCAGAAGCCCAAACAUUCAUUCGAAUUUUAA